CGAAACCCAAAUCACCAUCUCCACACUCCACCUCUUUUAUUCACCACUCUCCCAAUUUCUUCACCUCUCAAAACAAAACCAAUUACAAAUCAACCAAAUGCAAAUGCAAACACCCACUACCAUAGCACCGAAAGUCCGGCCACGAUCUGGCCGGACACCACUUCAGCCUAAAAACACUCCUGCUGCUCUCACUCUUCUCCUUCCUGCAAAGCCCAAGCCCAAGCCCGAUCAAUCAUGCUUCGAGAUCACACUGAUCCAGGACACCGACAAGGAGAACCGUGAUAUCGUCGCGACUCCUCCUCUGGAAACCUCGCUCGCCGAGGAGCUAAGCGCGAUCAAGAAGAAGCUUGAAAGACUUAAAGCAGACAAGGAGAAGACGGAGAAAACGCUGAAAGAGAGAGAAGAAAUGCUUGACAUGAAGAUGAAGGAGAUGGAAGAGAGAGGCCAGAUUCAGAAGAAUCUCGAGAUCCAAGUCGAUCGAUUGUUCCGAUUGAAGGAACUCAAGUAUCGAUGCAUGAGAGUUUCUCCGAUUCGAACAUUACGAGAGAAGGAACAUGAAAAGAUUGUCAACGAAGCACCAUCGCCAUCGGAGGUGAAAACAGAGGAAACGGUGGCGUCUGAAUCGGAAUCGGAAUCGGAAUCUGUUAGAGGAGAAUGUGAAGUAGUUGAAAGUCCUGGUUCAGCUUGUUCACAAACACAUACUACACAAAAAAUCUGAUAAUUAAGCAAUACUAUUUUGGGGAAGUUUUCUAUACAUAAUUUUCUCGUUAUGCCUUUCAUUCCCCGUUACUUUGAAUUUCAUACUGUUUUUUAAUAGUUAUUGUAAUUUGUAACAUUUUAAGAAUGAAAGUGGUUCACACUGAGUUUUAUAUUCAGCUUUGGUAUUCUGUUGAUUUCAA